AUGGGGUAGUUCGUGUAUAUUCCUUCGCUCAGCUUGCUGUACUCUUGCAUGAAAGUGCCGUGUUAUCAAUUGUGACGCCAUGACCGCCACAAACGAACCCACAAACUCCUCCAUAGCACGCCGUCUCUACAUAUCGCACUUCCUAUCAACAUGGAACUCGCGCGUCUUCGAGUUCGGGUCCGUUCUGUACCUGGCAUCUAUCUUCCCGAAUACGCUGCUGCCUAUGUCUGUUUAUGCGUUGGCGCGUGGGGCUUCGGCGAUUUUGUUCUCGCAGGCUGUGGGGUGGUAUAUUGAUACAAGGGAUCGGUUGCGUGUUGUGAGAGUUUCUAUUGUUUUUCAAAGACUGGCUGUGGCGGCUUCUUGUGUGGUGUUCUGGUUGCUGGCUACGGGGAGGACAGUGCCGGAUCUUGAACUAUGGCUGCUAGGGUUGCUUUCUCUAUUCGCCUGCGUGGAGAAGCUUUGCGAUAUUAUGAAUACUAUAUCCGUUGAGAGGGAUUGGGUUGUUGUGGUUGCUAUGGAUGGUGCGGAGGCCCUAGAAAUCCUCAAUGCGGAAAUGCGUCGCAUAGACCUUAUCUGUAAACUAGUAGGACCGUUCGUCAUAGCGAUGAUUGACGGGUUCUCGACAGAAAUUGCAAUCGUGGUUAACUUUGCGAUGAACAUCUUGUCCAUAUUUUUGGAAUACUACGCCAUUGAACGUGUCUACCAAAUGGUCCCAUCUCUCCAAACCCCAAAACAACCCCCACUCCCCACAAACGAACAAACAUCAAUAACAACCGGCCACCAGAUCAACCGCUGGUCAACCAAACAAUUCCUCUUCGAAGCCAUUUGCGGAUCAACACGCUACUUCCAACACAGUGUCUUCCUACCCUCCUUCGCCGUCGCCCUACUAAACUUCACCGUCCUCUCCUUCUCAGGCCGCAUGGUCGCAUACCUCCUCUCCGUGGGGUAUAACUCAUAUCAUGUUGCAAUUGCAAGAAGUGCAUCUGUUGCAGUUGAGAUAUCAGCGACGUGGGUUGGACCACUCCUUAUGUCGAGGAUUGGGGCUUUGGGGGCGGGUAUGUGGUUAUUGAGUUGGCAGACGGUGGCAUUGGCUGGGGCUGCUGGGGCUUUUUUUGUGGUCAGGCCGGAGAUCGUAGCUGCUACUGGGCUUGUGGCUGGUACGGUACUCAGCCGCGUAGGAAUGUGGGGGUUUAGUCUUAGCGCGCAGAUUUUCGUGCAGGAGGGAGUCGAACCAGAAAACAGAGGCUCGUUCUCCUCGACAGAAGCAUCAUGGCACAACACAUUCGAAUUGCUUUCCUACUCCACGACGAUCUUCUUCUCACGACCAGAUCAGUUCCAGUGGCCUGUUUUGAUGAGUUUUAUCGCUGUGUUUACGUCGUGUAGUUUGUAUGCGGCGUUUGUUAGGGAGAGGAUGAAGUAUUUUGGUGGGAAGGGGGAUGAGAGAUUGGGGAGGGAGUUUGGAUAUGAGGAUUUGCCUUAGGUGGUUUAGAUGUUGUAUUAUUAGCGUUAUAGAUGUAACUAGUUACAAUUGUACUUUCAUACCUCCUCUCCACUGUAGACGUA